UAAGAGAGACAAACUUAUGCAACGACUGUAGUGCAGCAUCUCUUUCUCACACCGCGGACCACAGACAAAUUUCUUUCGUUCAUUCUUCAUAAGCUAUCCAAACGCCAUACGGUAAAAGGCACUUCAUGGUACGAAUUUUAGUGAUUCAGUUUAGGUGCGUAAACUGAACUGCAUCGGAAUCGCAUCGCUUACUAAAAGUUGAUGGUAGGCCCUCUGGGGGGAAAUGUGGAAAAAUGUCACGCGCGGGCGAAACAGCUGACACGGCGCAGCGUGGUGUGCGAUGUCUGACUCAUACAUACUCGUAUACAACACUGUUACAUUACCGAGGCCGAAGCGAACCGAGACACUUGUUGUAAGAAUAUAAAUAAAGGUAAUUUCGUAAUUAUUGCGUAAAUAAUCCACUAAAGGUUGUCUACAAAUUGCCGUUUUAAUUAAUUGCACUUAAUAUCAAAUAAAUCUAAAUAAAUAACUAGAGGAUUCCUAAAUAUAGUUUGAACAAUGAUAGUGGGUUGUGUUGACAAUGAGAUAAACUUGUGAAGUCUGGUUAUAGUUGUGUGUUAAACAUGAGGAACGGAUCGGAGCCCAGGGACGGAGAGAAAGAGAAAUUGAACCCAAAUGGAUGGCUCCAGAGCAGGUCCAGUCAACAGUUCAACGUGAUCAGGCGGGUGUAUCAGCAAGAGGCCUUAAACAAGGAUGCCGACUACCAUGUCCCCAGGAAACCAUUACGUCGAAGAUGCAAGCGGAUUAUAGAGAACUGCGGCUUCGGCGAGUGUUUGCUGAAUUCAUUGCCGAUUGUCCGAUGGCUUCCAUCGUACCAGUUCAAGAGGGACCUGGUCGGCGACCUGGUUGCUGGUGCUACUACCGCAGUCAUGCACAUACCGCAAGGAAUGGCAUACGCGUUACUCGCCGAAGUUCCUCCGAUCGUUGGUUUGUACAUGGCUUUCUUCCCAGUGUUGCUGUAUGUUAUAUUCGGGACCUCCCCCCAUGUCUCUAUGGGGACCUUUGCUGUAGCAUGCCUCAUGGCGGGAAAGGUUGUGAUGCAGCACGCAGCUCACCCGGACACGAUAUCAGUGUCAAACGUGACUGCUGUCGAAGAUGUAGAUCAAAUCGUGUUACAAUAUACAUCUCUUCAAGUUCUCUGCACGCUUACUUUGGCCGUGGGAAUAAUACAGGUAUUGAUGUGGGUGCUUCGGCUCGGUGCGGUGUCCACACUCCUAUCAGAGCCCUUAGUGUCAGGGUUCACGACUGCUGCAUCCUUUCAUGUCUUGGCUUCACAGCUCAAGGACUUGUUCGGCAUCAAGCUACCAAAGCUUGGAAGCAAUUAUAAAGUUGUAAUGACGUUGGUGGAGAUUCUAAAGAACAUUGUAAACACCAACUUGGCCGCUUUAGUUAUAUCAAUCAUAGCGUGUACUGCCAUAGCCUUGAACAAUGAACUACUUAAGCCGUGGGUGAGCAAACGGAGCCGUGUGCCAGUGCCUAUAGAGUUACUCACCAUAGUUAUUGGAACUCUAAUCUCUAGGUUCUGUGAUCUGAAGGGCCUGUACGGAAUAUCGCUGGUGGGGAAUAUACCUACUGGGCUACCUUACCCUGAGGUGCCUCCGCUAGAGUUGUUACCAAAGAUAUCUCUGGACGCGUUUACGAUCACUAUGGUCACCUACACCAUUUCAAUGUCUAUGGCUCUCAUAUUCGCAUCGAAAGAGAAAUAUGAGAUUGAUGCUAAUCAGGAACUGUUGGCUCUGGGUGCUAGUAAUGUGUUUGGUUCCUUCUUUUGCUGCGCGCCUCUUUGUGCAAGUCUGUCAAGAUCAUAUAUACAGUAUCAAGCGGGUAGUAAGACUGGAUUGACGUCACUGACCAGCGCUAUGCUGAUCCUGUGCGUGCUUCUGUGGAUCGGGCCGUUCUUUGAACUGCUGCCCCGAGCUGUGCUGGCUUCCAUCAUCGUCGUGUCGCUGAAGGGGAUGUUCUUGCAGAUCAAGGAGUUGGCCAAAUUCUGGAAGCUAAGUAAGCUGGAUGCAGUCGUGUGGUUGAUUACGUUCCUCGUCACGGUUCUCGUAAAUAUUGACAUUGGUCUGGGUGCUGGUAUCCUGGCAAGUGUCGGCGCCUUGUUUUGCCGGUCUCAGAAGCCUUACACCUGUCUUCUUGGAAGAGUUCUGAACACCGAUCUUUACUUGGACAUCAAUCGAUACAGAGCGGCCGAAGAGAUUCCUGGUAUCAAGAUAUUCCACUACUGCGGAGGUCUGAACUUCGCGAGUAAGAAUUUAUUUCGGUCGACACUCUUCAGAAAGAUCGGUUUGUUGAGGCCCGAGGUAAACGAAGACGAACUUACGAAGAGUGACUCCUACGAGUGGGACUCUAACAUCUGCUCCAGGAUUCAGUGCGUCAUAAUAGACGCCACGGCUUUAUCGUACGUGGACGCACCAGGGAUCAAGAGUUUGGUGUCAGCUCAGAAGGAGCUCGUGGCAAAUCAAAUUACUGUGCUUUUAGCGGGCGCUAAUGGUCCCGUGCUAGAGAUGAUUGAAACAUACAACUCAUUGGAAACAGAACAACUUCAACUGGACACAUUCCCUACCGUGCAUGAUGCUGUAGUGUACUUCAAACUGUUAGACGCUAAAAAGGAGACAGCAAUAGCGAUUACCUCGUGAUUUUUUUAUGAGAUUUAUGUAAAUGUGCAAUCAAUAUGUUUAUUUAGAACAUACCAUAGAUAAUUUUUACAUCUAGACUCAAAAGAUGUCGAAAAAAAAUAGAGGUGAACUGUUGACCUCUAUUUUCGCACACUAGCUGUAAGUUACGUCUAGACGUAUAAAUUAUCUAAGGAAUGUACAAUGAAAUAUAUUAAAAGGCUGUAGCUAUGAGCUUUUACAGCAGAUCAAAAAAAUAUAUUAUAUUGGCAUGUUAGUUCUAGAUGCUUCUACCGUGUGUGGAAGUAAUAAAUACAAUUUGUAAUGUUUCAAAGUGAUAACCCUCACUUCUGGGAUUAAUUACACCAAUUAAAUUUAACGACAAAUUUUAUGAACGAUGCGGUACUCUUCCACUGAGCCAACCGUUCGAGUUUGUUUAGAUUUGGAAAGAGCGACAUCUCAAGUCAAUUUCCGAAUAUGCAAAUAUUGGGGUUGAGCAGGUUAUCAACUCUAAAGUAGAUCUUGUAGAUGAAGCCACAACCUGAGAGUUGAACAAGACAUCAAGAUUUAUGAACUUUACAUCACUCGAACGAUUGGCUCAGUGGAAGAGCGCUCGCGCGGAAUUCUAUAAAUUUUGUUUUCAAAUUUAAUUUGUGUAAGUAAUAAAUACCGCAUUACAUUGUUUUCCUCUUUUUAAUUGGGUCAUAAUCGCUAACUAUGGGAUUGUUACCAAACAAUUUGUCGAGUUAUAGAGUUUUAUACAUACAAAUGAUUUAAGUUUUCUUUAGUGUUAAUUCCGCUGGCACGAGACUUUGAUUUUGAUGAGAUGAUUUGAUGAGAUUUUGGCGAGACAACACGUCCCGAGGAUGCCUCGCGUAGAGGCGAAACACGUGUCGAAUUGUUUAAAACAAAUAUUGGCGGAAUUAACACUAAAGAAAACUUAAAUCAUUUGUAUAAUUAUGGAUUUCCGCAAAGUAACGCCUACUUCAAUAAUUUUUUUUUAGAGUUUUAUACUUAUACUUGAGGUAUUUAUUGAAAUACUAACUUUUUAUCUUUGAGGAUAAUUUUCGAAUAAUCCACUUACAAACUGCUGUUUCCGCUGCUGGCAGCGGUCUUCAUAUAUAUAUAUUAUAUGAAUAUAUACAGCGUAUAUCCCUUGUCAUUGUGGACAGUCUCAUUAAUAGUAUUUCUCUGUAAACUUUAAUCUCCUAUUUCAUCUAUGCUCGAAUAAAUGUUUAUAAGUUAUUUCUUAUAAGUGUCUACAUACAAAGAUCAUGGUUUUAUCUUCGAUAGUGACGAAUUUCCAUACAGACUGCAAUCCCCUAUUUCAGCCCCUCAAUUAUUUUUUUUGCAAUAAAAGGUAAUCUCUGUACUAAAUUUUAUUAAAAUCGAUUCGGUGGUUUAGGCGUGAAAGCGUAACCAACAAACUUACAUUCACAUUUAUAAUAUUAGUAGGGAUUUGCAAACAUUGCUGCUCAACCUCUGAUCUUAACAUAAGUCGUUUUGUUUACAAAUGACGUAUGUAAAAUACGCUCGAGGAGGUCUAUUACCAAAAUCGAAAGCUGAUGUUUCGGUCCGACACGAAAGACAGAACUUCGAAUUAAAUCCUAUUACCUACGUACGGCGCCUAUUUCUGCCGUAAAGCAGUAAUGUGUAAACAUUAAUGUGUUUCGGCUUGAAAGGCGCCGUAGCUAGUAGACUAAACAUCUUCUGUCUCAAGGUGACGAACGCAAUUGUAGUGCCGCUCAGAACUUUUCAAGAAUCCAGAGCGGCACUGCAUUGUUAUGGGCAGGGCGUAUCAAUUGCCAUCAGCUGAACAUCCUACUCGUCUCGUCCCUUAUUGUCAUAAAAAAAAAUUUCGGAUCCGAAUACUGCGGAAGGAUUUCGUUUCGGAACAAUAGAUAUAACCAUAGAAAGUUGUACUUAGUUACAAUCAUAUUAAUGUCAAACAACGAAAAUGUAAAUGUCAAGUGAAUUUUGGAACAGGAUUAAAAAAAGACUUACCCCCUUAUUCACAAUAGUCUGCUAACUUAAAGCAUUACUAAAUCUCACUCUGUCUUCUUCUAUUGACCUAAGACAGAAUGAGAAAAAACACUCCUAAGCGGGCACUCAAAAUAAGAUCAGAACCUCUAAAACCGCCUUGGGUCUAAUUUUUUAAGAUGGAAAUUCGAGAAAGAAUUUAUUUAUGAAACCACGGCUGACAGCCCGUGAGUAAUGUCUCCACACUCGUCUUGCGAUAUGUCUCCCUCAAGUUUGUCAUGUCUCUUCGACACACUAUUCACCACGGUACACAAGUACCAUAUUUUCUGUUCGUUAUGUGCUAUACAUACCUAACGCAAUUCACUAUAACUUCAUCAUUCCACCUUCGCACGACACGCCACAAGUUAGGAUAUCAUCCCCACCAUCUGGAUGUGUGGCGGUCCUCCACAGUGCGGUUUUCAAGGAGCUUUCUUCCACGUACCACAAAGCUGUGGAAUGAACUUCCUUGUGCGGUGUUUCCGGGACGAUACGACAUGGGUACCUUCACAAAAAGCGUGUACACCUUCCUUAAAGGCCGGCAACACUCCUGUGAAGUUGCAAGAGAUUGUGGGCGGCGGUGAUCACUUAACAACAGGUGACCCGUACGCUCGUUUGUCCUCCUAUUCCAUAAAAAAAAUAUCAAGUUUUUCGAACUUUCGUGACAGUUUUUUUGCAUGAUAAAAAUGUUGUACUUAAUAAAAAAAAAUUGUACUUAAAAAGCCAAUAGAUUUUGUACUUCUUGAAGAACUUUGCCCACCACUUUCACCACGACGAGUACCUAUUCGUGCCAACAAAAUAACUUCUCUUUUUGGAAUCGCAAACGUUCAGAUAUUUAUUAAAUUUGCAUAUUUACUUCAAGAUAACUGUGAAAUAAUGAGAUUUAGAUUUAGAGUACAAUAAGAUUUGUUCCUAUUAUAAACACAGUGUAAUAUAAUAUAGGUUUUUAUAUUAUAAAUGUCAUCAUAACUAGUUAUUUAAAAAUUAUAAUUGAAUACCUACUUAUUUUUUUUAAUAAUUUAAUAAUAAAUUUAUUCAAAUACUUACGCACUCGUGAGAAACCUAUUCGAUAAUGCAUAGUGUCGGUAUACAACACGCAUAUGUGAAUCAGCUGUAUAAGGGAUGUAUAUGGGAAGCGCAAGGUUUAAGUACCUAUCUAUAUAUAUAAAAAUGAAUUGCUGUCCCUUAGUCUCGAGAACGGCUGGACCGAUUUGGCUAAUUUUGGUCUUGAAUUAUUUGUGGAAGUCCAGAGAAGGUUUAAAAGGUGAAUAAAUAGGAAAAUGCUGCUAAAUUAAAUAAAAACAACAAAUUUGUUUUUGCUUUGAUGUGUCCAUACAUAAUUUCUAUGAGAGAAUUUAUUGACGCACGGUUUGACAGUUCUGCCGUGAAACAAUUUCAUUACGACAGCAGGGUGCAUAUUUUACGAAGUAAUUUUUGAUGUUAUGAUAUAUUAUUGACGAAUUAAUAUAAAAACAUUAUUUUAUUUAUUAUGUACAGAACAACGUCUGUCGGGUCACCUAGUUUGUAAUAAAUCAGUGCGGAUGAAAAAUAUAAAAAAACAUGUGUUUAUUAUGUAUGUUUAUAUAACAUCAGUAUAGCAUGCAAACCCGACUCUAGGAAAAGAUAAUUUUGCUGUCAACGACGAUCAGCCUAACUAAAGCUCGAAGUUAAAAUCUGUCUUUGCCGGAUGCCGGCUGGAUUAUGGGUACCACAACGGCGCCUAUUUCUGCCGUGAAGCAGUAAUGUGUAAGCAUUAUUGUGUUUCGAUCUGAAGGGCGCCGUAGCUAGUGAAAUUACUGAGCAAAUGAGACUUCACAUCUUAUGUCUCAAGGUGACGAGCGCAAUUGUAGUGCCGCUCAGACUUUUUGGGUUUUUUUUAUGAAAAUGAGGGACGAAACGAGCAGGACGUUCAGCUGAUGGUAAUUAAUACGCCCUGCCCAUUACAAUGCAGUGCCGCUUAGGAUUCUUGAAAAACCCCAAGUAUUCUGAGCAGCACUACAAAUGCCGUCUCCUUGUCUCCUUGAGACAUAAGAUGUUAAGUCUCAUUUGCCCAAUAAUUUCACUAGCUACGGCGCCUUUCAGACCGAAACACAGUAAUGCUUACACACUGCUUCAUGGUAGAAAUAGGCGCAUUUUUCAAUAACCCUGAGCGGUACUGCAUUGUAAUGGGCAGGGCUUAUCAAUUACCAUCAACUCAACGUCCUGCUCGUCUCGUCCCUUAUUUUUAUUUAAAAAAAAAGCAGAUUCGUGCCAUGUGCGAUAACGGCAAACAUAUUCGUGACUCGAGAGAUAGUUGGGUUAAAAUACGUUUAGUGUUUACAAAAGAAAUUACAAAUCGUUUUGGGCGUUUUCAAAAUCCGUAAAACACCGUCCGUAGUAGUCGUAGAACUAUUUCUAUGGUAGUUUACUCACUAGAUCCGGCUUUGUCAUCCGUAUUUCUUUCCGUCAACCGUAGACUACACCGGACCUUAUUUCACGGGUUCGGAUCGGAUUCGGAUCGGACUAGUGCGAAAGCGCUCAUACUGUUGUCAAUAUUACAAGUGCCUACUUAAUGUUAGUGUAAGAUGAAUUAAAUGAAAUGAUGUGAUAUUUUGUACCUAAGAUGAAAACAAUUUGUACUUUUAUAAGUACAUUAUUGUUUUAAUAAAUUGUUAUUUGAAAUAA